AACAAAUUAUGGGUCUUCUGGAGAGGGGACAGACUUAUUCUCACCCAGGUCCAAGAGUUCACUCAGAUGUACACUUGCCAUUUCUGGGACAGCAAUCUUAACACAAAAUGGAGCAUUACCUCAGUUUAUGGGAAACAUACAGGAAUCCAAAGAAGAGAACUGUGGUCGGAUCUCAUAAAUAACAUCAUUAAAGAACAUUUUUGGAUAGUUGGAGGUGAUUUCAAUGCAAUAAGCUCUUUGGAUGAACAUAAAGGUGCUACAACCCCCUCUCUUGCUGACCUGAAUGAGUUCAAGGAUUGCACUGAAGCCAUACCCCUCCUUAGCCCUCCCUUCUCAGGGGGCAUAUUCACAUGGAGUGGAGUAAGGAGUAGGGGCAAAAUCUGGAGAAGACUUGACAGAGCCCUAGUGAACACUUUUACUAUGAAUUUCUUCACUGAAAUCAACAUCAAACAUUGCAGCAAAGCGUCCUCUGAUCACAAGGCUCUAAUUCUCCUAUGCACCAUAGAUAACUACACUGGGGCCAAACCUUUCAGAAGUCAAGAUUUCUGGUUCAAUCACCACUGUUUCUUCAGGGUGGUGAAAGAAUAUUGGGUUAAUCAGCCCAUGACUGGAGGGAUGAAAGGCCUUGCUACAAAACUAAGAGGGCUCAAACCUAUUCUUAAAGCCUGGAGUAAAGAGACAUUUGGAGACAUCUUUCAGGCGGUCAAGGAUGCAGAAAGCAAAGAAAUGAAAGCGCAGGAAGAUUUUGAAGGCAACCCAAGAGAUGAACUAAGAACUCUAGCCAACAAAGCAAAUGCUGAGCUUAUUGAAACUACCAAUAGAGAAACCCAAUACUGGAAGCAAAAGGCACACAUUAAAUGGAUGGAACUAGGUGAUCAAAGCACUUCUUACUUCCAUUCAUAUGUGAAAGGCAGAAGAAGCACACUGAAGAUCACAAGCAUUUUGGAUGGAAAUGGAAAGAAGACUUUGGAGGUAGAGGCUAUUAAAAAGGAGGUAGAGGUUUAUUUUAAGGAGGUGUUCAGUGCCUCCAAGAACAUUGAUCCUGGUCAUAUCCUUGAUCAUAUCCCUAACUUAAUUAGCCUUGAGGACAAUAAUUUCAUGUGUAGGAUACCAGAUGAAGAGGAAAUUAAACAGGCAGUUUGGGAUUUGAACCCUAACAGUGCAGCUGGCCCUGAUGGCUUUAAUGGUAACUUCUUCAGAGAAUGUUGGAGCAUUAUUAAAGAUGAUGUUGCCAAGGCUACUCAGGAAUUCUUUAUUGGUGUUCCAGUUCCUGUAGCCUAUGGCA